AUGGAAGAGAAGGAAGGAGCUAUCGGGGGCCUGGGGGCUAAAGGAAGUACCGACCCCUUGCUUUCUUCCCCUGAAGAAAUGGAACAGGCCAUGAAGGCUGCAGAGGAAGCUUUCCGGCUCGGGGCUCAGCCCAAGGCAUCAGAGUCCUGGAAGAGUUGCCAAUCCCACCCAGCUUCAGGAGGGGAUUUGAAGUCGCCGCAUGAGAGUGACUGGAGGAUGGGGGCAACAUGGAGCCAGUCCUUGUCUGGACUUCCUGAAUGCUUUGAAUGGAUGGAAGUGGGGAAUUACGCACCCACUUCAAAACCCCUUGAGCCUGUGUUAGCAUUACCUCCUGUGGAGAGCAUACCGCCCGGAUGGGCUUUUUACCCAGGCCAGGGAUGGAUCCAGUGCCAGUGGUAUCCUGCGCCGUUUGUCCCAAGCUGCCAGGGAUCCCCCUGGCCCCCUUCCUAUGCCUCAACGAUCUUGGCACCACGGGGGGCUGGGGCUAAUCCAGCAGCCGGCUGGAAUGCUUUCCCUCCAGCACAGCAAGCAGCUGAGCAGCCAGGCCCCCUCCCCCAACAACCGACACCGUUGCCCGCCCCACCUCCAACCCAGCUACCUUCACACCAACCUGUUGGAAUGCAGCAACCAGGGGCACCACAGGGGGGACUAAUCCAACAGCCGGCUGCACUGCCUCCCCUCCAGCGCAGCGAGCAACUCAGCAACCAGCCCCCCUCCCCCAACCACCCGCAGCUGACGCCCUCCCCCUGUGAGGCCAACACCACCCCACUUCAGAGCAACUUUUGA